AUGAGCAAAUCUCCGAUCAGCAAGAGCGACAAAACAGUUAAACGUACACAUCCUCAAGACCAUCGCGAUGAUGACGUCGACGGUAGCUCGGCAGGGACGCGCGCCAGCUAUACUGAUACGUCCGCGAGGCCCGCAGGAGCAACAGCCAGCACCCCGACGACGACUCGACGCCGACGCCUUAUAGACGCUCUUGCCGCACAGCGAGACGUGACUCCAGAUCACGAGCAGGAUCUUGGUGAGGCCGUCAGCCCGUCCUUGGCGCGUUGCUCCACCGCCGACCAGGACUCACAACUACAGGGAAGCGAUCGGAGGGGUGGCACACCUGCGAGCAGCAGGAUCAAGUUCACAUACAGCCAGGCGAGAAGCACGCUGAGCGAAUCGCAGAAACAGGAGGAUCUUGCAGAAUCGCCGCUUCUGGGUGUGGAAGAGGAUGGCACAGGCUCAGAGGCUCGUGGUCCGUCUAGUCCCGCAGCACCGCCAUCCUUCGUAUUCGACGAUCUGCCCGAUGACGAAGAUGCUCAGCCAGCCAUCAAGAGUGUACACGAGUUACGGCGCGCCGGAGCGAACCACCGGUUUUCAGACGAGAUGGACGACCUGUUGGGGAGAAUUGGAAGGCCUGAUGGGCCAUCGCGGACGAUGAGGCGGAAUGCGCUGUGCGAAUUGGCGCAUCGGCUGCGGCGAGAAAGUUUCGCACUCAAGUUCCGCGACCACCCUUCGCGCGACAAUGUCGCCAGGGGCGUUGGCAACGAAAAUGACCCAACAAGCGCGUUUGCUCUGGUGGCGGCCCUUGUUGUCUUGUUCGAUCGCGGGCCAGCACCCCACCUUGAACGUCGGCUCUGCGACCAAGGAUUAGGGAUACUCCUCGGCCGGCUUCUACAACAAGACAGCGACAUUGCUGUCAUCGCAUCCCAGAGAAGCAGUAGUCUCCCAGAGAUGACGCGAGCCUCGCUGCGUGAGGUCAGGAACGACCUGCUCCAGAUGCCCAUUUGGCAUGGGUCAGCGCCGCGUCGACUAUGUCCUCGGACCCUCGGCCUGCGGCUCCUGGAGACUUUGUCGAGGAGCUCCGAACACAGCUUGCUCAGACAGAUGCUGGGGCAAUUGGAGCAAGAGCUCGUCAUCGUUGCAGCGGAUUGUGCUGGCGCUGAGGAAGCCUGCGAAGACGCGGACUAUCGGCUCGUACUUCAUUGCCUUGAGGUACUGUCCAGCGCUGGGAUCACACCGGGGUCAGGAGAUGCGGGAGCUUGGGUAUCGCGACAUCCAGCCAACAUUGCAAGCUUUCUCUCAAAAGAAGUCGAAGGGUGGCCGGUGACCCGAGGCGAGACCCAGGAGGCUGCGUUGAAGUUGGCAAUCAAUACGACCAACACUGCACACGGGGCACGCUUUUUCGAUGACAGCAAGUUGCUAUCGAAGCUAAUAGAGCGUGUUGUGGUGGGAAUCGUCAAAGCACAACAGGCUGUCGGCAGCGGGCCUCUGGAAAACGACAUGUAUGACGGCCUCUUGCUGAUUCUGGGUUUGAUGAUCAACAUUGUGGAGCACUGCCCUUCGGCGCGGGCGUCGGUCGAGGACAAGCCGCUGGACGAGCUAGUGCAGAUUUGGCGCGAGAACCAGCAGUUAAUACGCGAGGCUGACUCGGUGGACAAGUCAAAGCUCAGCGUUGCCAUUGAGUAUCUAUCGGUCUUCCUUGGUUACCUCUGCCUGAACAAGCGCGGCCGGGAUAGAUUGGAAGGCAGUGAUGGCAUACGGAGCCUCAUAGGGUCGAUUCGGGAUUUCGCAGCUCUGCACAAGGCUGUCGACAGCAAAUCGCAUGAGCUGGAGCUUCUUGUCACGGACCUGCGAAGAUUGGCUCAUUCCAGGUAA